UAGUAACAUUUGUUACUAUCAAUGUUAUUCCUGUCAUCUUUACAGCCAGUUUGACAUAUCGCAUUUCAUGCCAACAUUAAUAAAUCGUACCGUGUCGAGACUACCUAGCUACCAAAAACGAUUUCCAGCACUGAAAGCCCCACAGAAAACGAAAAUAGCCGCAAUUUCAGCGAACAAAAAAGGAAUCGCGCGCGUGCAUUUGAAUUGGGCAGUGAUUCGAUUGUUAAAUUGAUAACAAGGGUCUGCUUCAGCGUUAAAGAUACUUUAGAUAGCUAGGCAAAUGAAGGAUGCGUCCAUGGCGGAAUCGUCGCUUGCAAUUGGUGUUGCUGUCGUUAAUCUGGCUGUGCUUUAUAUUUGUAAUAUAUUGGUAUAUUUCGCACAUUGAAUCGGAUAGCAUUAAGGAUUUCACGCCGGAGCUGCUCUGGUGGACGGAUGACAUGCACUGGAAGUACGACGAGACACGUCAAUGCGGAUUCAGCAAAUGUCGCGUCACCAACAAUCGCCAGCGUUUAUCCGAAUCGCUUGUCAUACUUUUCUAUGCAUCCAAUAUGAAACCACACGACUUUCCAAUGCCGCGCAGCAGCCGGCAUCUGUGGGCAAUGCUGCACGAGGAGUCACCACGCAAUGUGCCCUACGUGCCACACGAUGAGUUUCUGCAACAUUUUAAUUAUACGUCCACAUUCAGCAGAUACAGUGAUAUGCCACUGACCACACAGUAUCUGCCCCAGGUCAGCGAUCUCACCCAACUUGACUAUCAUACGGGCCAUCUCAGCAAGCAAGCCUUUCAGUUCAAUGGCGGUCUGGCCUCUGUGGUGUUCCUGCAAACCGAUUGCAACACCAUGUCCGGCAGGGAGGAUUAUGUGCGUGAGCUGAUGAAGCACAUGAAGGUGGACUCCUAUGGCGGCUGUCUGCACAAUCGUGAUCUUCCAGACAGCCUACAAAAGGACUAUCUGAACAAUCUGUACUCACCCGAAUUGUUGCGCUUUCUGGCGCACUACAAGUUCAUGAUUGCCAUUGAGAAUGGCGUCUGCGAGGAUUACAUCACGGAGAAAUUCUGGCGUCCUCUCAUGAUAGGCGUUAUACCCAUCUACUUUGGAUCUCCUAGCAUACGCGAUUGGCAGCCCAAAAAUAAAUCUGCAAUUUAUAUUGAUGAUUUUCCUAAUGCUGGCGCACUGGCCGCCUUUUUAAACCAAUUAGCUGAUAAUGAUACCGAGUACAUGUCCUAUCUGGCACACAAGGUGAAACGUCGCCAGGGCAUCGAUAAUCAGAAGCUAUUGAAUCACCUUAUCACCCGUACCUAUAGCAUUAAAAGCGAUCAGCAAAGCGAUGAACACUCGCUUUUCCAUCGAUUUGAGUGUUUUAUGUGCCGGCAAAUUCAUUUAACAAGUCCACCGCGUCAUGCUGACAAGCGACACUAUAACUGUCCACUGCCUCCAAUUCACGUCCCAUUGGAGCACCAGAAGGAACCAAAAUAUGGGGAAGAUUGGCGCUCAAUGAUGAACAUGGGCCGUUGUCAAGCACAGCUCCUGAAUGAAUUCUGGCGUGCGAAUCAACCUUAUACAGAAAAACAAUUUACAGAACGUCUUUCCAAAAUGGUGAAGAAUAACAAAUGUGAUUAGGAUGUUGACUUAAGCUAGUACAAAUUAUAGAUAGGUAUUGUUAAACAUCUGAAAGAUAUAAUUGAAUACACCAAAGUACUGAUUAUACAGACUCAAAUAAAAUUAUCAUUUAGGAAUAUUUA